GGAGGAUCGCCUAUUUUGGGACUCGCUGGUGUCCUCGAAAUUGCGGGAUGCAUCGACCAUUCCCGGCGCGAUGCUGGCCGUGGGACUCUCCCCGGCCGACGCGGCCCCGUAUUUGGCCGGGUCGCAGAGUGUGAGCAUAGCGUGCUUUAACAGUACGACCAACGUGACGCUGUCCGGGGAUGAGGCCGCCAUUGAUGCCCUAAAAGCCGUCCUUGACGCCGUGGGGAUCUUCGCCCGCAAGCUGCGGACCGGGGUCACCUACCACCCCCACCACUUGCACUCGGUGACGGAUGCGUACGCGGAGACCAUUGGUGAGGUCGAGCCCGCGGAGAAGUACAGUAGCAGCAAUCGCAGCAGCAGGGUCAUCAUGGUCUCGACCGUCUCGGGCCAGCGGGUCCCCGCCGAGACGCUGCGCGAGGGCAGCUACUGGGCGAGCAACCUGGUGCGGCCCGUUCGCUUCCUCCAGGCCUUCCGGGGUCUGCUGAGCAAGCGAGGGGUCGUCAAGAAGCUGGACGGCAGCCACCGGCUCCUGAUGGACAUCACCUACUGUCUGGAGAUCGGUCCCCACGGGGCCCUGCGUGGUCCCACUCAGGAGAUCCUCCAGGCGCAGGACCAGACGAUGAGCUACCUCGCCCCGCUGCAGCGAGGCCUGGCCGGAGUGAACUCUCUCCUCCAGGCGGAUGAAGAGGAGGAGAAAGUAAGGGUGAUGCCGCCUUCUGCGUUGGUCUCGCUGGCCGACCUGCCCUCAUACGCCUGGGAUCACUCCCGGAACUACUUUCUUGAAAGUCGAACGAGCCGCAACCAUCGGCUCCGCAACGAACCGCGGUCAAAGUUGCUUGGAGAGACCGCGGUGGACUGGAACCCGCUGGACGCGCGCUGGGGCAACUUCCUCAUACGCUCCGAACAUCCGUGGAUCGAGGACCAUCGCAUCAACGGCACCGUCCUCUUCCCGGCCGCCGGCAUGAUGGCGAUGGCCGUCGAGGCCAUGCAGCAGCAGGGACAGCACCUCGCCGACGACCGAGCGAUCCUCGGCUAUGAGCUUUGCGAUAUCAGCCUCAGCACCGCGCUAGUCAUCCCUGACCACGAGCGGGGCGUGGAGGUGCAAUUCUCCCUACGCUGUCAACCGGGUGGAGGGGACCCCGGCAGCGGGCGAGACCACCGCGGCUGGUGGUCGGAUUUCCGGCUGUGCGCGUACCUGGAGGGGAGCGAAUGGGAGGAGAUCUGCAGCGGCGCCAUCCGCGUCGAUUUCGGCGUCGCCCCGUCCGGGAUUGGCACCCAGCGCGUCGCGGAGGCCCGCCAGCACCAGCGCAGCACAAAAGACGGCCGCCCCCGGCAGCCCGAUCGUUAG